AUAGCGUCCUCUUUUCCAGCCCUCUCAGCGGCGGCGACUCCUAUUUGUUCUCCUGUGGUACGCCAGACCACGUUCUGAUUGCGGCUCGUAGCCCGCGUUGCUGGAGCCUCAUCUCGUCGAGCGCACCUGAUCCGGGGAUUAGUCCGUCAGCUUCAUAGACGCUCAUCUGGCAUCUCACCCAGGCACAGUGUUCGGUGUUGACAACAUCGACAACACGCCAACAUGGCACUCAAGGGUCUGUUUAUAGCUGUGUAUGCCUCCAAUGGCAUCAUAAGAACGCUCUUUCUGCCAAUAUGGUAUAUCUUGCUACUCAGUCCCUUCAUAUUGGCUGUAGCUUACUACUACGGACUCGGACAAACACUGCAAGGCUUCGUGGGCGACGACUUUUCCUGGUUCGACAUCCUACCGCAAUUUGCGAUCUCAGCAGUCUUUCUCCUUCUUCCAACAAGGUUGCUCUCUGGCUCAGGAGGCACAAGCAAAAGCAAGGAUGGCGGGAAGAGCAGGGUACAGUCGCUGCCAUACUGGAUUCCAGGGAUCCGACACCUGGGAAGCAUUGUCUCUGGCGAAGAAGACUGGUUGAAGGGAGUCAGAGAUUCAUCGACACACAGCAUCAUCUCGUAUCAGGCAGCCGGUGCAAAACACGUUGUCAUCCUCACGGUCACUCUCCUGGAAGAACUCCACAGGAAAUGUACCAGCUUAGGAGAGCACACCACUUCUAGAUGGGCGAUACUUCGCAACGCAUUCGGUAUGCCAAAGGGCUUUGAGAAUGAAUACUUUGAGCUGCUGCCCAAGGUCAGCGAGUUUGUUGACGCCGAAAUCUUUCGCUCAAAAUCGAUGGAAACUCUCGUCGCCGCAUCAUGCAAGAUUCUCACAGAUACUCUACCGGAUCUUAUCACAUUCAACUCGUCAAUCGUCGACCAGAUGCAAUGGGAACGGACGGCCAACAUUGAGCUGACUGACGGUACUUCAGAAGCGGAGUGCGACUUCUUCGUCUUGAUCAACGACUUCUGCUGCAACACGAUACUUGGACCUAUUGCUGGUGCACAAUUCCCUGAAUCCUACCAACUGUUGGCCUCAGAUCUAGCGGACAUCAACAGGCACUACUACGCACUAGCUCUUGGGUUACCACGACUGUCACCAAUCCAAGGACUACCAACAGCAGCAUUGGCUAAGAGAAGGCUUCUCCAGAACUUUACCAGGUUGUUCAAGGAGCUUACAGAGCCAAAAGUCAGACGAGUGCCAGACGAUGACGAAAGCAUGAGCGAAGAGGAAACAGAUGCCGACACAUCGACGCCGCUUGCAACACUCAAUGAGCUGUUCAUGAAACAUGACAUACCCAUUUCAGCGCGAGCGGCUAUCGCUCUUCAUCUGAUACACAGCAUCGUUGCAGAAGUCGUCCCUCUCGCUUUCUGGACUUUGCUCCAGGUGUACUUCUCCUCGACCUGGCCGCUAGCGCAGAGCGACCAAGCGACACCUUUCGCAAAGAUCAAAGAGGAGACAAAAUCGUGGGCGCAAGCCAUCCAGCCCCCAUCAAUCCACCCCUUGUUCCCUGCACCACCCGAGAUCUCAUAUACCUCACCCGCUCAGUUUCAGAGCCCGACGCCCUUUCCAUACCUACACUCUUGCAUCAACGAAGCUCGGCGCCUCUACAACUCCUCAGCUACUUUGUACACCAUUGGCAAGCCCACAGUUCUGGAUGAGAAGAGUCUACGUCCUGGCGUUCAGGAGCAGUGGGAACUCGAGGCCGGCUCACACAUUGACCUUGGUCUCUCAAGAAGCCUGAUCAACAACUCGUCCGCAAACUUCGCUUCGCCUGAAACGUUCAAGCCAGACCGCUUUGUCAAGUCCGCACCUGGCCCUUCCAUUGUUUCCACAGCGGACACCUCGGAGCAAUACAAAACCGCGCUGCUAGUUUCUAUCAUAGCAGGUAUCGUCCAGUUGUGGGAGAUCAGCCCAGCACCAAAAAAGACGUUUAUAGAGAAGAUGAUCGAGGUCCGUGAUGAAGUGCACGCUGGUGCUGCCGCUCUGGACAGCGAUGGGAAGGUGAACAAGAGUAAUAGCCGAGUGGAAAAGGACGGAGAAGAGAAGAAGACGGGUGAGUGGGUUCUUCCCAAGGCGCUAGAUGCGGCGAGUGUCAAGGUACCGAAAAGCGAUGUGAGAGUCAGGAUUAGGAGGAGGGACAACCUGCCGGCGCCGAAGGUGCCGAGGAAGAGGUAGUUGAGGUCAGAUAGUCAACUCCUACGAGCCAGUGCUGAAAGAUCCAUGAGAGGCCACAAAAUUGUUCCGAGUAGACGUCUGACAUGUUGAAUUCAAGUCAAACAACUUCUCAACCGCCUUCAAGGUUU